AUGAAGGAAAGGUCACGAAAAAUCAUUUGAGGCGGUCAGAAAAUAAGACAUAUCGUAGAAGAUUUCUGUACCGUUCCAGUAGAGUGGCCAUGGAUGGCGGUUUAUUGUCCCUUAAGUGGAACAACCACCGCUCCACAUUCCUUCAUGUCCUCUCCACUGUCAGGCGGAAGGGUUCGUAUUGUGAUGUGACUAUUGCCUGUGAUGGAAAGUUCUACCCGGUGCACAAACUGGUUUUAUCAACAUGUAGUGAUUACUUUGAACAGAUGUUUGAACGGACAAACUGUAAACAUCCAAUAAUAGUGUUAAAAGAUAUUAGACAUGAGGACUUAGAGGCCCUCUUAAACUAUAUGUAUGUAGGUGAAGUGAAUGUGUUACAAACUGAUUUAUCGGGACUAAUAAAGGCUGCCGAGUGCUUAAGAAUAAAAGGGUUGGCUGUCCCAGAUGAAGCACCGAGUGAAUCAGAGUCAACACAAGAUGGUAAAAGAAAUGUACCAUGGGCGGGGGAUGGACCAGAGGCCAAACGAAGGAGACCGGAAGAAAUCUCUCCUGCCACACAGAGACUUAGUCAUGCUUCAGGGGAUAAGGGAGGGAGGGAGUCUACAGCGAGGCCACCUGCUAGCUACAGAGAACCAUUCAGAGCACCCAUAAGGGCAAGAGAGCCUGUCAGAGUCCCAUCCAGUCCUAGUCCAGUACCUGUACCGCUAAGUCCAGAGACUCGCCUGUCAAAUCCCUCUGCUCCAGUGUCCUCUCCAGAACUACCACAUCCAGCCUCUCAUGAGCCAGGACUUACUACACAACCUGAUACCAGUACUACCCAAGGGCCCACUAAUUCUAGCGAAUUAGGUGGCACAGAUAAUACAUUGAUAAUAGAUGAUCCCCUAGUCAAAGAAGAACCUCAGGAGUCAUAUUCCGAAGCUGAAGAAACCAAAGAAUCCAUUCAGUCAGCAGACUCCGACCCAAGUUUGAAUUAUUCUCUUCAACCCGGUGACCAGCCUGGCAGUUUGUCAGGAGAGGCAGCAGGUGCAGGGUUUAAUCCUCAAGGGAUGAGGCACACUAAUCAGCCACAAACCAUGGAAGACCUUGUAGCACAGGCUCUGCCUGGGGCAUCAGGACUUCAAGGAAAAUCUUUGUGGGAGGGAGAUCGAGGUCUACUUGGGUUGCCUUUUGAAAGCUAUUCAGGAAAUCAGUCCAGAGCUUCACAAAUGGUGAGUAUAUAUAAAUCACUAUUUUGACCUUCCACAACCAAACUUUUCUGGUAAUCCCAUGUAGCCGGUGUUGUUAAGAUGGGUGAUUGGCUAUUUAGCUAUUGAUGAUUGCAUAGUGUUAACUAUGAAUGUCAGACUAUUUCUGGGUUAUCUUUUA